CAGUCCAUGAAAUCCCAAAAAAAACUAUCCUAACUUGAUGAAUAAUAAUUGAAGAAUUAUUUAUAUAAAAAAUAUGCAAUAAUUUGUUUAUUGUAAAUACAGUUAAAAUUGAAUGAUGGGUGGACUCUUUAGUAAAACUAAAAAACCCGUCAGUAGAGUUACUGAGCAAGAUAAAGCUAUUUUACAGCUAAAGCAACAGAGAGAUAAGAUUAAACAGUAUCAAAAGAAAAUAGAGUUAAAUCUAGAGAAGGACCGUUUAUUUGCUAAGAAAUUAUUACAAGAAAAUAAAAGAGAUAGAGCAAAACUACUCUUGAGGAAAAAGAAAUAUCAAGAAAAUCUCCUUCAAAGUACUGAUGCACAACUUGAAAAAUUAGAACAAUUAACUCAUGACUUAGAAUUCACACAGAUUGAAUUACAGGUACUGGAUGGUCUGAAAAGUGGUAAUGAAGCUUUAAAAAAAGUACAUGAAUCAUUGGAUAUUGAUGAAAUUGAGAAGAUAAUGGAGGAGUCUAAGGAGGGCAUUGAGAAGCAAAGAGAGCUAGAUGAACUUAUUUCUGGCCAACUAACUGAAGAAGAUGAUUUGGAAAUUGAAGCAGAGCUUGAAGAAAUGCUGGAUAUAAAAGUUGAACUUCCUGAAGUACCGCAAGAGGAGUUGCCAGAUCAGAAAGAGAAUUAUAUUCCUGAAAAGCCACAAAGGUCUAAAACUAAGCAGAAGCUUGCAGUUGAGGCAUAAGAAUCAUCAUAGUUAGUAUAAAACUAAGAAUAAAUAUAUUUUGUCUAUAUUAUAUACAUACUUCAGCUUGUUAUAUUAGAAUUAUAUUGAUACAAUAUUUUAACAUAGGAUGGUAUCAAAAUGUAAUCAUUUUGUGUUCUUGUAUAUUUAUUUAACUUUCACUAUAUCCAAGUUACUACAAGAAGUUAAAAGAAAUAUUAUUAUUGCUCAAAGUUUAUUAAAAAUUUAUGCCUGGAGAUAAAUAAUUUGAUAUUAACAAUAGGCUGCUACUUAUCACUGGUAUUCUGUAUGACUGUGCUAAAAAUCUUCGUACUCAUGCCUUUGCUGCAAUUCCUGCAAUCCCAAUUAGCCAGUCCUAUACACCUGCUGCAUGGUGUUUGUCCAGAAUAGCACCACCCCAACCCCUUCCGUGAUUAUCAUAAAAGGCAACUAAGGAAUACAAAGAAUCGAGGGCAGCAGCAUAUCCAUCUCCUGUGAUCUCCAACUCACCUGCCAGGUGUGGCUAUUACAGAAAAAUAUGAUCAGGUAAAAUCCCAGGAAUAGGUUGGGUGAGGCCAUUGCUUGCUCUACCAUAAUAAUCUUAACAAAUCAUUCUAUAAAGUCAACUAAUAUAUUUUUGUUUAAAAAAAUAAUAAGCACUUUAAAA